AUGGCUGAACCGUCCAAAGAAGCGGUGGAGUUGAUGGAGCUGAUAUCACGAACAAACCCGGAAUGGAGAGCCCUUGUACACCGUGCAAAGUCUAACGUCUCAGGCCCCAUAGACGUCUCUCUUUACCCUAAGCCUACGCCUACCGACAUUGCCAAAGCAAUGGACCAUACCCUUCUUGCUCCAUCUGCUACCCAGGAUCAAAUUGAUGCAUUGUGUGCCGAGGCCAAGCAAUACGGCUUCGCCGCAGUCUGUGUUAGACUUGAAUGGGUUUCACGCGCAGUCGAAAACCUACAGGGGACGGGUAUCAAAGUGGCAUGCGUCAUUGGAUUCCACGAGGGCACCCAUCCCAUCCCAGAGAUGAUUGCGGAGACGAGGACUGCUCUGGAGAAGGGUGCUACCGAGCUUGAUAUGGUGAUCAACUACCCUUUCCUCAAGUCUGGACGUUAUAGCGACGCCUUCCAGUCCGUUAUAAUGAUCAGGACCGCCACCAAGGAGAGACGGCCGGAGAUUAAACUCAAGGUCAUCCUGGAAACGUCACAGCUUAGCAGGGAUGAGAUAAUUGCCGGAUGCGUUCUGUCCUGUGCAGCUAGCGUAGACUUCGUCAAGACCAGUACCGGUUUCAACGGUGCCGGUGCAAAUGUCGAAACCGUUGCUCUGAUGCGUGCGGUCGUGGAAUCAUGCUCAAAGGGCGCGGUCGGAAUCAAAGCCAGCGGUGGAAUUAGAACUGCUGAAGAUUGCGUUAAGAUGAUCCAAGCUGGAGCGACCAGGAUCGGGGCCAGCGCCGGUGUGAAUAUCAUCAAGGAGGCUCAGGGUGGGCAAAUUACAGGACGGACAGGUGCUUGGCUGGCCAAGCAACUAGGAGGGGUUUAA